CAUGUCAGAAGAUGACGGAUACAGUUGUAGCGGAGGGACAAGUCAAGUUUAGAGACGGCAAAAAGUGGAAGAGUCGAUGGGUCGUUGUUCGAAAGCCCUCCCCGGUCGCAGACUGUCUGUCUGUGCUGGCCUACAAGGACAAGAAGAAAACCAAAGAACGGCUCGGCGUAACACUUGAGGGAAUCUAUGGUGUGGAACCUGGACCAGGUUAUGAUGGUGUCGGCUACACCCUCUCCAUCCUCUGCUUGGCACAUACAGUAGUGCUGGGCUUCCACAGUCGAGAAGCUCUAUUGGCCUGGGAAGCCCGUGUACGCUUCAGCCUGGGAGAAGUCCACAGGUUUGCUGUCAAUGUGGAGCCCGGUACCAAAUUGGAGAGUGGCCCUGCCACUCUCCACCUGUGCAACAACUUAUUAGCUCUCACCAGGGGCCUUCCUCCUGUUAUCAUUGGAAAUUGGAAGUUGUCCACUUUACGGCGAUAUGGCGCAGUGCCCAAUGGCUUCGUGUACGAGGGCGGGAGUCGCUGUGGAAUCUGGGCAGGAGUUUACUUCUUGUCCUGCUCAGAUGGGGACCAGAUCAGUUUUCUGUUUGACUGCAUAGUCAGGGGCAUUGCCCCCAGCAGGGUCCCGCAUGGGCUACGACCUUCCCUGCCAGACAACUUCAAUACUGACCCUGCAUCAGUCGAAGAACGUAUCAACCAGGAGGCCUCAGAGCUGGAGAAAAGACUCAGUAUGCUGUCCACGUGCAGCAUAGCGAAUAGUACAGCUUCCACUUAUAGCUGCAGCACAUCUGUUGCCGGGGACGACCGCAGCAGCAUCUCCAGCUCCUCCUCCAGCCAGUCGGACAACAGCUACGGGAGCCGGCGUGCUUUCUGGGCAGAGCCAUUUGCCAAGUUGCAUGUCCCCAGUGAGGCAGGGUCGAGCUCGUCCACACUGAAGACCUUUACGUCUUCAGAUGACCGCCUCUAUGCGGCUGUGAUGGCAGGCCGCGGUCCGGCUUCCGCACAACUCCAGCCUCGCGGUCUCCAUGACAGCGGGCGUCAGAGCUCGUUGGACAGCGGUAUUGGGAUAGCAACCGGAAGUUCAGGCAGUUUCUCGUCCUGUACCGGAAGUGUGGACAUGGCCACCCAGGAAGCAGGAGAGGAAUUUGGCUUGAUGACCUGUCUACCUCCUCCCUUGAAUCCUCCGCCUUCACCUUUGCAGUCCACAGCUCACCUGGAGCUCAGCAGCGGCCCCUCUUGUUCUUCUAGGUGCAUCACACAAGCAUCUCAGAGGCUUAGUGACGAGUGCGAGAAUUCGUGCUUGCUCAGUCUUCGCUACGAUACACCUAGGAGUCUGAUCCAGAACAGGGCCCUGAGAGACCCUUUGGCUGUUGAGGAGCAUCCCUCCGAAAUAGGCGGCGACAGCUCCGUGUGCUGGGAUCGGCUCGCGAGUCAGAAUCAAGGAGUGAUAAACGUCCUCUCGGGACCUGAACUUGACCGCCGGGCUUUGAUGCAGUGCUCACUUUCAUGGCCCAGUGAGAGGACGCCCCUUACGGACAGUGAGGACAAGUCCAUCCCCCAGCAGCUGUUCUUUCCAGGAAGGUCACUUUCUGGCGAAAGACAGUUCUGUCAUGGUUUUGAUAACUACAUCACCCCAGAGCAGUGGCGCUCAGCAAAAAGUUUGCUGACCCAGGCUGGCAACCCCUCAUCGGGUCCACAGCCUUCUGCUCCGACACCAGAAGAGGGCUCCAUUUUCAAUUACACCCACAUAAACAACAGCGCCAUGGAAACGGCUCAGCUAGUGGGUGUGGGUCACGCAUUGGGCAAGGAGGACAGACUGACUCAGAUGGACAACAGGCGGCGAGGGCCACCACACUGACUUUGUUACCACCCGUGUGGAUGAUGAUCAGUGCUUAUUUAUUGGAGUCGUAGAAUAAGCUCAACUUCUUCCAAUAACAUCUAGUUUUGUUGCUGAUCAGAAAUUGCAAAAACAGUCCAUUCCACUUAGAAAAUAAUAAGUUUAGUUUAGUUGUUUGGUUGCAGUAGCCACCUAGUCAAGGUUUUUAUUUUUAUUUUUUAAACCUCUAUUCACUUUAAACUCACCUUAUUGUCAUAAUCUGUGAACUAGUGCUUUCUACUGCAGCUUUAGAUGGCAAAAGAUAGCAUGAACACUCGUUGCAUUGUUCAAAACUAGGCAUGUCUCGAUUGCAUAUUUUUGCACCAAAGUCCGUGUCACCUGAUUUUGAGAAACUGCCAAUACUGAGUUCAGAGCCGAAAAAAAACUUUUUUUUUUUCUAAUUUGAACAAAAGUUCUCAACAUGUUACAGUACUGCACUGUUUACAGUACUUGCUCUUUCAUUUCUUUACGGAGUGUUGCGGAGUAUAAAAUGUAUAUGGCGGAAAACACAGACAAGGCUGAAAAAGCAGUUUCUGCUAUCGCACCCCUCUAUAAAAUAAACUGCUGUAUUUAAGCCAAAAGAACUGUUGUGUCUGAUAGAACGAUAUGUCUAUAUGCUUCCAUAGCAGAUUCAUGGCGCAUUAAGUCCCCGAACUAUUUUUAAUUUCUCCGUUUUACCCUCAAAAACCCCAUUUACAGACUCUCCAACCGCUUUUGUUUCAACCCAGACAUAAAAAGAAGAUACGUAAUUUUAUUAUUCAAAAUGUCUGUCAUUUUUAGCUUAGAAUCAUUAA